AGUGCUUAAGGUGGUCUACGACAGCAGCAUUACAAUACUAAAAAUUUUUUUACACGCAGAAUCGCUAAUUAAGAAACUAUGUUGCGUGCAAUUUGGCAGAAAUAUAAAGCAAUAGGUCAGUUUUCGAAUCACAAUGUUAGAAUCAGGUUUGAAAUGAAAUUUACUUAAAUAUUAUAUUUUAAAAAAAUUAGUUUGAAAUACGUAAUUUUAAUGUGUAGUUUGGAAAGCCAUCAAUAGAUGGCGCUACGAGUUAAAAUUUAACAUUGUAAUCUUAUUUCUGCAAAAAUUCACGAAGUAAUUGAUUUUGAUAUCAGUUAUAAAUCAUAUUUUUUUCUAAAUAAUAUUUAGAAGCGUUUCAUAUAUUCCUUUAUACACAGUUUUCACUAAACAUUGUCAGCUGUCAGCAGAAUGACGUUUACGGCAACCCUAUUGCAUUGCUAUUCCGCACUCGUUUUGUUUACAUUUAUUUGUACUGUGGUCAGUUUGCAAAAAAUAUGCGAAAAUAUCAAGGACGACCGAAAAAACAUCCUGGUUUUAAUAAAAGAUCCAGAAUUCAGCGUAAACGUCGAGCUCAAGAAAAAAAUAUGAAAUUAAAUUCCCGAGAUGUGGAAGAUUCCGAACAAGCGGAUGUUUUCGAAAGGUCAGAAAUUAUUGAUACAACUGCAUCUGUGUCAAAGGAGAAUCAUUGCCCGGAUGAUUUUUUUACAAAGUCCGGAAGUGAAAAAUUUGACUUUUCUACGCCAGAAGUUACAGCUAAUGUUCCUAAGACAAACCAGGCUUUCCUGAGUUCUGAUCUGGACAUUUCAGUUAUUGACUCUGACGUAGAAGGUAGAAAUACAAGCUCUCUUUUGGGCUUGGAGUCUGAGCCUCUUCAGGAGAACCUUAAUGAUGAAUUUCUGUGUCCUGAUUCACCUUUAAUUAUCGAAAGGGAAGAUCGACGAAAGGCAAAUCCAUUACCAUCUGGCAGAACAAUUUGCAAUAUGUCUUUUGUAAUAGUGCAGGCUAGGACAUUAGAGCAACAUUCCCUAAAUUGUAAAUUUGGAGGAUCAUUUAUUUUUAACAAAGUGAUUCGACGUGGUCUUGUCACUACAUAUAACUAUGUAUGUGAUAAAAUUUUAUGUGGGGAAAUGGCAACAAUUUGUUCUGAUAUGGAGAAAAGCAGCCUAAAUCAGCUUGCAGUAUUAGGUGCGUUAUCUACUGGCAGUGGAUUUUCACAAGAGGAGGAAAAGUUUAGCAUCAUGGAAAUUCCGUAUAUGAGCAACUCGACCUUUGCUUCUUGUGAGCGAACUACUGGCAAAAUAAUACAGGGAUGUGCACAGGAAACUAUGUGUGCUGCUAUAGAAGAGGAGAAAAGGCAGGCAGAACUUCGCAAUGAUAAAGAUAAUGAUGGUUAUCACUGUAUAACUGUCAUUGUUGAUGGAGGUUGGUGUAAAAGAAGCUAUGGGCAUGGUUACAAUGCUUCAAGUGGCAUAUCUGUUAUUAUAGGCAUGGUCACCCAGAAAAUUUUGUUUGUUGGAAUUCGCAACAAAGUGUGCCUUAUAUGCAGUGCUAUUGAAGAUGGCAAGAUGCCAAAUAAAGUGCACCUUUGUUGGCGAAAUUGGAAUGGGCCUUCUACAGGUAUGGAAAGCAGUGCCAUUGUGGAAGGUCUGAAUUAUCUCCAGUGUGUUCACAAAAUACGUUGUACUCGACUUGUUGGAGAUGGAGAUGCUAACACAAUGGCCAAAGUGAAAGAAAGCGUUUCAUAUGGAGGACGGGUGAUCAAAGUAGAAUGUGCUAACCAUGCUGUUCGAAGAUAUCGCAGAGCUCUUGAGAAACUUCAGCAAAAUACUGCGCGCGCUUCCCCGGGGCUAAAGGAAUUGCUGAAAAUUAAAAUGCCACUGUUAGUCAGAGGUGCUAGAGUAGCUAUAAAAGCUCAUGCUUUACCUAGCCAUUAUCAGCACACACAAGAAGCUAUUGAUGCAUUAGUAUCUGACUUGAGAAAUGGGCCACAUCAUAUAUUUGGCAAGCAUGAUGCUUGUAGUGCUUUUUGUGCAAAGAAAGGUGCAGAGUUGGACAGCACAUACAAUGAAAUUUUUUCCUCGGGUAUGUUGCAAGCUAUUGAAGCAGAAGUGGGAAGAGUACUGAUAUCGUGUAGCAGUACUCUUAUUUGGAAUGCCGCAAAUAAUCCUGCUGAAAGCUUCAUGAGUCAACUGUGUAAAACUGUGUAAAACAUCUGGUGGAAAAAGAGUUGAUUUUUCCAAA